CCCUGCAUCAGCAGGUGGACUUCCAACCACUGCGCCACCAGGGAAGCCCCUGCAGUCGUUGGUUUAAAUGUCAAUUACAUCAACUUGGGUGAUAGUGUUGUUCAGAUUUUCUAUAUCCUUACAGGUUUUUUUGGUCUAUUUUUUCUAUCAAUUACUGAGAGAACAGUGUUAAAGUCUCCAACUAUGAUUGAGGAUUUGUCCCUUUAGACCUGAUAUUAGGUGCAUACACAUUUAGGUUGCUUUGUGUUCUAGAUGAUUUGACCCAUUUAUCAUAAUGAAAUGUCCCUCUUUUUCUCUUUGUCAUGAAGUCUCUUGGUCACAUACUAAUAUAGCCAUACCAGCUUUCAUGUGCUUGCUGUUUGCAUGGAAUGUCUUUUUCCCACCAUUUUAUUUCCAAACUAUCUGUGUCGUUAUACAUAAAAUGUCUCUUGUAGACAGCAUACCGUUGGGUCUUGCUUUUUUAAAUUUGACAAUCUCAACCUUAUAAUUCAAGUGUUUAGUCCAUUUACAUUUAAUGUAAUUAUUGAUAUGGUUGGGUAUUAAUCUAUCAUAUUGUCUUUUUUCCAUUUGAUCUUUCUGAUUUUUACUCUUCUCUUGAUCCUUUCCUGUAUAUUAUUGACUGUUUUUUAGUGUUCGUCUAUUGGCUUUUAGCUAUACCUCUUUGUAUAAUAUUUUUACAGCUAACAGUAUGCAUCCUUAAAUUAUCAACAUUUAACUUAUUGGAAUGUACUUUAAUAUUGUACCACUUUAUAAUUCACAUUUCUUAUUUCCUGCCCCUCACUUAACACCUUUACAUUUCCCAUCUGUCACUUCACCUGACACUACUUCUUACUUCUAACUUUCUAUUUCUGAUUAGCAGUUCAUAAAUGUAAAAACAACAGAUUAAUUCCACUUACCCUCUCCUUUGUGCUAUUUUUAUAUCUUUUACUUCUAGUUGUCUUAUGUUCUACUUAUACUAUUGUCAUCUUUGCCUUAACAGUCAGUUGCCUUUUAAGGAAGUUAGGAGAAAUAAAAGCAUAGUAUCUUAAACUUAUUCACCAUGUAUUUACCAUUUCUGGAGAUCUUCAUUCCUUUCUGUAUAUAUGAGUUUCCCUUAAACUGGAAGAAUGUCCUUUAGCAUUUCUUGUAGUACAAGUCAUUGGUGAAAAAUUCUCUUAGCUUAUUUAUCUGAAAAAUGUCUUUAAUUCUUUCUUUGAAAGGUGUUUUUGUUGGAUGUGGAAUUCUGGGUUGAUGGUUCAUUUUCUAGAAUUUGCAUUUGUUUCUUUUUAUAAUUUCUAUUUCUCUAUAGAAAGUCACUGUCUCUUCUGUCAUAAAGACUACAUUGUUUUUAAGUCCUCAGGCCAUCUGAAGUUGGUUUCUCUUUACUGCUUUCCCUUGAUUUUGAGUCACAUUUUCCUGUUUCUUUACAUGUGUAGUAAUUUUGGAUUGCAUCCUGGAUAUUGUGGAUGGCACAUUGUAGACACUAAGGAUUCUGUUAUCUCCCUCUGAAGAGUGUUGAUUUUUAUUCUAGCAGGCAGUUCAAUUACUGACUGAUCAACUUGUGUUGGCUUGGUUUUAGGGCAGAUCUUUGGAAAGCCCAAGGUGUUUCCCAAAUUCCUUUUUUUUUGGCCAUGCUGUGUGGCUUGCGGGAUCUUAGCUCCCCGAUCAGGGGUUGAACCUGGGCCCUUGGCAGUGAAAGCGUGGAGUCCUAACCACUGGACUGCCAGGGAAUUCCCCCAAAUUCUUCUAACUGGAUCAGAAUAGAGCAGUAGACUGGACCUCCUCUGUGGAUCUUGUUGAAGCUUGGCUUUAAGUUUUUUAGGGCAGGUUUAGAGUAGGUCUUUCUCUAGAGCAUGGUCCUUACUCCUAACAUGUGGCCUUUCUGGUAUCUCAGGAUGCCUUGAGUGUUAAUAAGGUCUCUCUCCUCUCAGGGUCAGAAACGCAAAUGUCUCUCAUCACUGACUGGCCUUUUGUAUCCCUCUUUUGCUCCUUUAACCUGGUAGCAACUGCUCUCUGUUGAACCUUGCAUAGUUUCACCCUACUGAGUGCAGCCCAACCCUUGGCCAGAACUCACAGGGGGCCCCCCCGCACAGACUUCCGCCUCCACCCCAUAGCUCCCUCCUUCCUGCUGCCGUGUCCUUCCGAUCCCAGCCACUUCGGUAGCUCCAAAUGCUGAUCUCUGCCUCCUCAGUUUAGUGAGACCUCUGGUCUCUGCUUAAGCUCCAGCCUCCUGCACUGGGAUUAGGAAAUCCUCCCCUGGCAGAUAGCCGGGAUGAUCGUGGCCCUCCUCACAAGCUUUUCUUCUCUCAGGGAUUCCAUUCUCGCCUUUCCGGUUGGCCAGUGCUUGAAAACAGUGGCCUCUUAGGUUUUCUCCAGUUUUGUCAUUGUUUACAGUAGGUGGGCUGCCAUGACCAGAAAUAGAAUUCCUGAAUUAUUGAGAACAUAUGUUGCUGUAGCACUCUGGGUGCUGCGUGAAUAUAUGAAUGAAAUAUAUGGGUCUCUGCGUAAACAAAAAGUACAGUUAGUGAGGUCCACAUGAGAAACAUAAUAUUAGAUCGAUCCUUUUUACCUUACUCCUUCCUUUUUUGUACCCUUGAAAAAAAUUGCUUUCUCUUUUUGUUUGUUUUAUUUUUAAAUGAUGUUGUGAUAUAGGGUGGAUUGUUUGGGUGAAGUGGUGGGGGUGAAGAUGUUGCUCUUACACCUCAAGGAAAAAGCAGCCAUCAAAAGCUAGAGUGUUGUACUGAUCUCGGAUUAAGCCAGACACCCAAGUGAUUGAUUGUUGUGGUUCAUGUUAUGGAGAAAUGAUGACCUCUAGCUCCUUCAUAAUAUUUAAAGAUAGACCCAAUAAUCUAAUAUUAGGAUUACAUGCAAGAAAGCUAGCUAGAAAUAGUGCAUACUCGUUUAAAAAUAUCUUAACAUUAACUUUGCCAUUUAAUAGUUCUCUUUUCACUGUCUUAGUUGCUGUCUUCUGAAUUUUGAUACCACUCGCCAUAAAAGAGUGAUUACUUGCUUCAAGUCUAUAGGAAUGUUGUUGAGGUAGUCAGUAUUUAUUCUAAACCUUCUUUCAGUCCAGGGUUGAAAAUUUCAAUGUGAUAGGUUUUUCAUAAAUUCCCAGUUUUCAACAUGGCAUUCAAAAGAGGUCACUUAGAAAUUUCAUUGCACCUUUUGGGGAAGAGUGCUCUUCAACCUCAUAUUUAUUUUGGAAGCAUCUGAUCAUUUCAGUCUUAGCCUUCAUUCCUAGGGCUUCAAGGUCUUUGUUCAGCCUUUUUGGUCUGCAGACACAUGGAUGCAGACAUUGGAGUGUUUUGCAGAAGAGCUAUUUACCUGGACACCCACAGUGAGAACGCUUAAUGUGGUGCGUUUCAUUUUUCUACUUGGUCUGGCCUUUUGAAGACCAAGAGAGAACGUUGUAAAAGUGGUCAGGGUGAUGAUGACAGUUUACAUAUGGUAGUAAUGGUUUGCUCUGUGGCUUCAAGUUUACCAUCUUUCAAAAUAGAUUAGUGUGUCCAUUGAUUUCAGAAGAUGCACGGUUGCCUCCGCGGCUUCUCAGGCAGGACGUGUGAAUUUGUCCUUUCUGAAAGUGCGUCCCUCUCAUCCGCAUAGCAUCACUGUCACUCCCCCUCCAGUGUCCCUGUGAGAGGCUCUGUGAAGACCUGGUUCUCCCAGGGACAACUCCAUCCCAGAAGCACAUCACCUAAAAGGACUUGCCAAGCCAGACGAUGCCCGUGGAGCUGGGGCAGGCUCCAGUCCUGCCACCGCCACUGGCCAAGCCCAAGGAGUCCGCAUUCUCUGGACCAGAUGACAGCCCUCGAGGGGAGCCCUCCAGCUCUGAGACUGCACGCCAGCUUUUCAGGCAGUUUCCUUACCAGGUGAUGUCCGGGCCCCACGAAACCCUGAGACAACUUCGGAAGCUCUGUUCCCAGUGGCUGCAGCCAGAGGUUCACACCAAGGAGCAGAUCCUAGAGAUCCUGACGUUGGAGCAGUUCCUGACCAUCCUGCCCGGGGAGAUCCAGAUGUGGGUGCGGAAGCAGUGUCCAGGCAGCGGGGAGGAAGCAGUGACCCUUGUGGAGAGCUUGAGGGGGGACCCCCAGAAGCUGUGGCAGUGGAUCAGCAUCCAAGUUCUGGGACAGGAAGUCUUAUCACAGAAGGCGGAGCCUGAAAGCUGCCCACUGGGGGAAGCGGAGGCCCAUGUUGAAGUGCCUCAGGAGCUGGGGCUUCAGAACUCAGCCUGCCGGUCUGGGGAGCCACUGAGCCACAUCGUGAAAGAGGAGUCCGACUCGGAACAAGGACUAGCCCUGGCUGCCUCCCCACUUCCUGCCCGACCCGAGGAAAGGCUCAUCAGAGACCAAGACUUUGGAGCCUCCCUUCUCCACACAGCACCUCAGGAGCAGUGGAGGCACCUGGAUUCCACUCAGAAGGAGCAAUACUGGGAUCUCAUGCUGGAGACUUACGGGAAGAUGGUCUCAGGAGGCAUUUCCAAUCCCAAGCAUGACCUGACUGAUCCAGCUGGGUUUGGGGCAGAGCUGACAGGACCACACCUACACAUCAGCGAGAAGAUCCCAAGACCCACCUGCAUAGGGGACAGACAGGAGAAUGACAAAGAGAACUUAAACUUGGAGAACUACAGGGACCAGGACCCUCAAGCCUCAGGAGAGCCUCCUCAGACUUCCUUGAGUGGCCUCUUCAGCAAGGAUGAGCCGAGAUGCUUUGGAGAAGGAGAGAAUCUCCCCGAGGCCCAGGAGAACCUUCAUGGUGAGGGGACAGGGGCGCAGCCCUCUCCCCGAGAGAGGAAUUCUGGGAUGCAGCUGGGUCAGCAUCUGCCACCUCUUCCCGGAGAGCCGUCCACGCCAUGGCUGGAGGGGAAGAGAGAGGCGUCCCCGCGACGGCAGCCGAGAGCCCCCAUGGCCCAGAGACUCCCUACCUGCAGGGAGUGUGGGAAAGCCUUCUACCGGAAUUCCCAGCUGGAUUUUCACCAAAGAACUCACACUGGAGAGACGUACUUUCAGUGCCCCACCUGCAAAAAAGCCUUUCUGCGGAGUUCAAACUUCGUGAAGCAUCAGCGAAUCCACACAGGCGAGAAGCCCUGCAAGUGUGAUACGUGUGGGAAGGGCUUUAGCGACUUCUCGGGGCUGCGCCACCACGAGAAAAUCCACACGGGGGAGAAGCCCUAUAAGUGCCCCAUCUGUGAGAAGAGUUUUAUUCAGAGAUCCAACUUUAAUAGGCAUCAGAGGGUUCACACAGGAGAGAAACCCUAUAAGUGCUCCCGCUGUGGGAAAAGUUUCAGCUGGAGCUCAAGCCUUGCCAAACAUCAAAGAUCCCAUUUGGGAAAGAAGCCCUUUCAAUAGCCAAGCUCUCUGAGCCCAUGUCUGUCUCCUGGUCCAUUUAAAAAUACUUGGCGGGCUUCCCUGCUUGCGCAGUGGUUAACAAUCCGCCUGCCAAUGCAGAGGACACGGGUUCAAGCCCUGGUCUGGGAAGA